CGUUAUGCAAAGCGUGUCGUCCUCUUUUCUGUCCGCCUGCAGGUUACGAGGGCACCGGCUCGGUCCUGAUGUCCCCUGUCCCCCACCAGAUGCUGCCCUACAUGAACGUGGGCACUUUGUCCCGCACGGAGCUGCAGUUGCUCAACCAGCUGCACUGCCGGCGGAAAAGACGGCACCGGACUAUCUUCACGGACGAGCAGCUGGAGGCUCUGGAAAACCUCUUCCAGGAAACGAAAUACCCAGACGUAGGGACCAGGGAGCAGCUGGCCAGGAGGGUACAUCUAAGAGAGGAGAAAGUGGAGGUUUGGUUCAAAAAUCGCCGGGCGAAAUGGAGGCGGCAGAAGCGAUCGUCCUCGGAAGAGUCGGAAAACGCCCAGAAGUGGAGUAAAGCAUCCAAAACGUCCCCGGAUAAGCGGCAGGAGGAAGGAAAAAGUGACUUGGACUCGGACAGCUGAUGGCCGCGCCGGGGGGGGCCAUCUCCCGUGGACUGUAGGACUUGCUCCCGAGGAUGCUACUGUCUUGCACAAACUCUGCCUUG